AUGCAGGAACAGGGGUUAGGGAUGAUGGGAGGCGGAAGCGGAAGCGGAGGCGGAAGUGGUGGUGGUUUUGGCGGUUUGAUGGGCGGAGAAAUGGCGUUUUCCGAUCAGUAUAGACAGCUAAAAGCUGAAAUUGCGACACAUCCGCUGUAUGAACAGCUGUUAGCGGCUCAUGUUGCUUGUUUAAGAGUUGCAACACCAAUUGAUCAGUUGCCUUUAAUUGAAGCUCAAUAUAAUCAAUCUCAUAAUUUACUUCGUUCUUAUGCUACUAAUUCUCAACAUAAUCACUCUCUCUCUCCUCAUGAACGCCAAGACCUUGACAACUUUUUGGCACAAUAUUUGUUGGUGUUGUGUUCAUUCAAGGAGCAGCUACAAAAUCAUGUUAGAGUCCAUGCUGUUGAAGCUGUCAUGGCAUGCCGUGAAAUCGAACAAAAUUUGCAAAAUCUUACUGGCGCGACACUAGGAGAAGGAUCAGGUGCAACAAUGUCAGAUGAUGAGGAUGAUUUGCAGUUGGAAUACUCUAUGGAUCAGUCAUCUGGGGGAGAUGCACAUGACAUGAUGGGAUUUGGGCCUUUACUUCCUACUGAAUCUGAGAGGUCUCUCAUGGAACGAGUCCGUCAUGAACUCAAGAUCGAGUUGAAGCAGGGAUUCAAGUCCAGAAUCGAAGAUGUCAGAGAGGAAAUUCUGCGCAAAAGGCGAGCUGGGAAACUACCUGGGGAUACCACUUCUGUUCUUAAGGCAUGGUGGCAACAACAUUCGAAGUGGCCUUAUCCUACUGAAGAUGACAAGGCGAAACUAGUUGAGGAAACAGGGUUACAACUCAAGCAGAUUAACAACUGGUUUAUCAACCAAAGGAAGCGCAACUGGCAUAACAACUCUCAGUCUGCAAACACUCUCAAGUCCAAGCGCAAACGGUAAACAGCCAUGCCAUCUGAUUCAUUCCUGCAGAAUGACAUACAGAUCAGACCAGCAAGAUCAUAUGCAAAUAUACGUUUUUGUAUCGCGUUUCCAUCAGUUUGUAUGUAACUUCUCGUGCAGGUUGAUAUCAAUCUAACCAAAACCACUGUUACUUUUGGGAUAUAUAUACUGAAAAUUCAAUCAUGGAAUUACUAUUAGGAUGCAGGAUAUGCGACUUCGUUCAACAGUCUGGUGUAAAGAAAAAUGUUAAUGCAUAGAGGGGAUCAGAUUAGGUCUUUUGGAUUCUUAGUAAAGAUAUGUAAUAUACUACUUCAUAUAUCCUAUUAUUAUGAUCUGAUCUUUUCAUUAUUCUUAAUCUUUAUA